CAAGAUCUUGCACAAGACACCCAGUGUCUGCACCCAGGGCACCAUGGGGCCUUUCCAGCUGCUUCUCCUGAUGUUGGUCACAGAGCUGUCCCAAGGCCACAACACCACAGUGGUACAGGGCGAGGUGGGCCAGUCCCUGCGGGUUUCCUGUUCCUAUGACUCUGUGAAACACUGGGGGCGGCGCAAGGCCUGGUGCCGCCAGCUGGGCAAGGAGGGCCCAUGCCAGCGUGUGGUCAGCACGCACAGUUUGUGGCUCCUGGCCUUCGUGAAGAAGCGCAACGGGAGCACGGUGAUCUCAGACGACGCCCUGGCUGGAACCCUCACCGUCACGCUGCGCAACCUGCAAGCCGGCGACGCAGGCCUCUAUCAGUGCCAGAGCCUCCGAGGCCAAGGUCACGAGGCCGACACUCUCCAGACGGUCCUGGUGGAGGUGCUGGCAGAUCCUCUGGAUCACCAGGACGUGGGAGACCUUUGGGUUCCCCAGGAAUCAGAGAGCUUUGGGGGUACCCAGGUGGAGCACAGCAUCUCCAGCCCCCUCUCCUCUACUUUCAAAGGAGCCGCUCUAGAGGGACCCCAUUCCCACCCACUUCAGUCCUUCUCCUCUUGGCCUGCAUGUUCCUUGGCAAGCUUCUUGCAGCCAGUGUCCUUUGGGCUGCGGCCUGGCGUGGGCAGAAGCUGGAGACACCUCGGACCCCUGGGUUGGACUGCAGACAUGACCCUGGACUCCAGCUCCAGACCCUUGACAGGGCUCAGGGAUACAUGAGGGAAGAAGACCCCAGAUGAGAGGAGAAACCCAGGUGGGGUCCAUCAAGGAGCCACCCAAGCCUGCACACCUGCCCUGUGGCCACCAAGAUGUUGGGUUCUGCUCUGGCAAGAGGCCACUCUGCCUGCUGCCUGCUUCUGGAACCUGGAAGCAGGGACGUGCGUGCGCGUGUGUGUGAUAAAGAGGAGGGAGUGGAAGCCACAUGCCAUCCUCUGGGCUUUGGGUAUUAAACGCUCUUACAAAAC